AUGCCACCACUGGAUUUCUUGAGAAGACAUCUUCAAAAAGGAGGAAGUAAUAGUUCUUCUCCCGAACCAUCAGACCAAUCAUCACCACAACGAAUUUCUUCUAUUCGAAUUAAACAUAAAUCCACAAUCAAUGUACAAUUAAAAAUUGAAAUUGAAACCAUUUCACAACACAUAACAAUUAAUGAACAAAACGUUACUUGCUUUCCUGGUGAUUUGAUAGAAAGUUUUAUCAAGGAGAAGUUGUUAAAUUUUCUACCAAAUAAUUCAAACUCUACAACAGAUUCCUAUCGAUCAUUUUGUGAAAAGUAUGCAUUGUUUGUUGUGAGAGAGUUUGGUGAUAAAGGUGUUGGAGGUGAUUGGAUUUUUAAUUAUGGAAUGUCAUUUGCAGAUUUAAAUGUGAAAGGAGUUUGUACAAUAGAAUGUGUACUUCAAAAGAAGAAGAUACAAGUUCAAUUCGGAGUUGACCAACAAUUUGCAAAACCAACAGAAAUUAAUGAAUUAAAAACAGUGGAGGAAAUUUCAUCUGAAAUUGCAAAAUCAUUCAUGAUAAAGAAGGAGUUUAUGGCUGAUUUUUCUUUGAAGGAUAAUUUGCAACAAUGGUUAAUUCCACAAUUAACACUCCGAGAACAAGGACAACAAGUGAAUGACAAAUCAAAACUUCAAUUAUCUAAAAAAUAUAAUUUCACAUAUGACCAACUAUUGGAAAAUGAUAUUAAACUAAAUGCAGUUAGUUUAUCAUUAACAUAUAGUGAAACAAAGGAGAGAUUCAUGAAUGGAAAACUCAAUUACAAUAUUCAAGAUAGAACUGAAAGAAAUAUCAUUGCUAGAUUGGUUGCAUUGUCUAUUUUAGCAGAGGGACUUGACAGAAAGUACUACAAGAGAGUGGAUGAUGUUUCUAAAUUCGAAUCACUCGUACCUCCUCACUUUUAUGCUGAAAUUCAAGAAACUCAAAAGAUGAAAACCAAAAUGAGAAAAAAGUUCAUCAAGAAUUUACAAAGAAACAAGACCCUUAACAUUGUCGAUGCUCAAUGUGAAUAUGUGAAAUUGUGUUCACAACACCCAUUCUUUAAACUCAACUUGUACAAGGUUGAAUUUAAGCAAGAAUCAAGUGCAGAGAGUACCAAUCUUAGUGAUUUUACUGAAAUUCUAUUUGGUAUUGAUGAUCAAGGUUUAUGUACUAUACACUCUACGGACAGAUGCAUUACUUCGAGUACUCCAUUUACAAGUAUUGUGACUUAUUCUGCUACCAAAGACAUUUUGAGAAUUGUCAUCAAACAACCAGAACCAAUUCUAGAAUCUACAAUGGUUAUCAAAUCACCUUUAGCUGAGGAAAUUGAACUAGUCAUUGCUGGUGCUAUUGAUUAUUCAAAUAGAAAUAUUUUCAUGACUCCUCAAGUGAAGGAUUUACUGGAGGAUGUUCAAGGAUCUGAUCGAGUUAAAAAGACAUCCUUUGCAUUGCCAAGAGACGUACCAACAGAUGACAUUCAACUCUUACUUUCAGAUAGAAAUAUUGUGGAGAAGGCACUUCAAGGAUUGACAGAAUAUAAUAGACAAGUCAAAACCAAAUCAGGUCCUAUUCAGGCACUUCUUGUUGAGAAACAAGAAGAAACCUCUGCACAAAGAAAGAAAGUUAUUGGACAGUAUAUGGAAGAAUUGAGCAAAAAGGAUCCAAAUGAUACUCUCAACAAUGAAAACAUUAAUGUAUUCAAAAAACCAUUCGAAUAUUUGGAAAUGUAUGACCCUAUCAAAAAUACUUGUGAACUGAUAGAAGAGUCCUACCUCAGAUUGAUUGAGGUUGAAAUGGAGAGGAAAGCUAGAGAGACUGAAGUUAGCAUAUUGGAAAAUAUUUCCAAGGGUCUCAUGACAGGAAUGUCUGUUAAUUCUAUUGAUUUGGAAUCAACCAACUUAGAUCAACAAAAGAAUAACUUGUAUCCAAAACAAGUUCUCGAUAUGAAGAGAGAAUAUGAUAUGGCAUUUAAACAAAUUCAAGUCGAGUCUGUUAAUAUGGAAUCAUUGAAGCAAAUCAAACAAAUGUUUGAUCAGCAAGCUCAAUAUUUGUUACAAUAUGAAAAGUAUUUGCACGACAAGUUUUUGAGACUUAAGGAAAUGCCCACAACUGGAAGUGUUGAAUCAACAGCUCCAAGUACCUUCACUUCUCUCAAGAAAUUCCCUACUCCACCUGUACCAUCAUCCAAUAACAACUCCUCAAGUGCAAACACACCAACCAUAUCUACCACACCAAAACCAAGUGGUGAAACUCUUUCUCCAACAGCAAAUCUUCCAAGAAAGAUUUCUUCUAGCACUACACCUCCUGAACCAUCAACAUUAAGAACAGCAUCACCAACGAGUCGUAAAACUGUUUUUACUCCAACAAGUGCCAAGUCAACCACAACCGAUUCCUCACCUCCAAACAAUACUCAACCAACAAAUUCUAAUUCAUCAUCACCAAUUGAUUCAUCUGCUCCAUCAACAAAUUCCACAACAGCUUCUGAUCCAUCAGGUAACAAUUCAUUUAGUGAUUUGAGAUCCAGAUUCCUCAAACCUGCAACACCCAACACUCCUCCACCCUCCAAUGCACUAGCAGAAGAACGAAAGCAAGCCUUAAAGGGAAGAACAUCAACAGUUCUUGAAGCCCUCUCCAGAUUCGAGAGGAAAUAAAUCAUCAUGAUGAUAAUUAAGCUU